AUGUUUUCCUUUCCCACCCCUUCUGUCUACCAAUCCUCAAAAUGCUCCGUCACCUACGGCCAAAUGUCCCACAUCUCACCAACGAACACCACCACAGCCGCUAGUGCAACCACUGAAGACGAAUCUCCUCGCCGGCCCGAAAAGGGCAAACCAUGGACCGCGAUUCUAGCGCAAGAUUUUAUUCACAGUAUCGAUCUCGUCCUCCCCGAGGAAAGCUAUGAAAUUUUGCAAAGCGACGUCCUGGGGAACUUGGUCCCUCCGCCGUCUUUCAGGGUGACGAUGCCGUUGGCCAAGAUUUUUGACCACGCUUUUUACUUGGAUUAUAUCAAGUCCGGCAAGCUCACGAUGUAUCUCGACAGAGAAACAUACGAAAGAGCCGGUCUAGUGGGCGAACCCCAUGGAGUCAAGGGCAAGCGCGAGGGUAAACCUCGUUGGAAAAUGAAAAUCGACUUCCUCAAAGCGUCCUCAGCAACAAAAGUGGCCAUCCAGCCCUCUUCUUCACCUACACUCAUCACAAGCUCGCCCUCCUUCGAGGGCCUCCUCCAAGAGCUCGCAAGCUGCGACAAGCUCGAGUUCGAAGAGACGGCGGCGGAUCUGUACGAGUGGUUCUCCCUCGUCCGGCUUGACAGCCCGCGAGUCGAGUUCGGCGAUGAGAUAGACCCGUACCUUUCGCGGUAUGAAGUACCUAGGUCUUCUGAUGGGGCUCAGACGUGCAAGCUGCGGCGGGUAACGUGGAAAGGAUUCAUGUCGGCGACAUGGGCGCGCACGGCACUAGCGGAGAUUGUCGCGAGCCUCCCGUUCAAGUCGUGGCUGGUCUUCUCCGCGACGAGCUUUUCGAAGGGUACCACGGCCCGCGACAACGCUGAGUGCACCUUUUUUCGUCCCCCGAGCUCGGGAGGCCAGUAUAUUCUCUGGGAGGUGAGGCGCGAUGUUUGA